AUGCCUCACUACGCCCUCCUCUCGAUUCCCGCCAUGUGGCUCACCGCGCUGUACCCGCACGGCCAUGCGGUCGGCCUCAUCAAGAGCGCCAACAACAACAAGUGGGACAAUGCCAACUCCAAAGGUUCCGCAUGGUCCGCAACGCUGCAGAAAUCGAUACCGGCCGACGUGCUCGCGCGCUACGAGCGUGCCGAGGCCGCGCACCGCAAUGGUCUCGAGAACCUGACCUUCUUCGGCCUGGCCGUGCUCUGCGCUGAGUGGGCGGGCGUGCCCGAAACCACCGUGGGCGUGAGUGCGUGGUCCUUCGUUGCCUUGCGCCUCGUCUACAACGCCCUGUAUCUCAACACGACGGACCGGAAGAAGAGCUUUGCGAGGUCGGGCGUGUGGGGUGUGGGCACCUUGAUCUGCUUGAGCCUGUUUGUGCAGGCCGCGCUGCAGUGA